CGGCGCGAGGGAGGGAGCGAGGGAAGGGAAAGGCGAGCGUGAGCUGCCUCAAAUGCUUGGAAUAAUUCCGCUUCCGUUUGGAAAGCCGCAGCCUCAGUCCCGCCGCCGCCCGCCGCGUCCGCCCAGCUCCAGCUCGGCGUCCCGCUCGGCCCGCGGCUGCCCGCUCCGCCGCCAUGGCUACCUCCCCUCAGAAGUCGCCCUCUGUCCCCAAGUCCCCCACUCCUAAGUCGCCCCCGUCCCGCAAGAAAGAUGACUCCUUCUUGGGGAAACUCGGAGGGACCUUGGCCCGGAGGAAGAAAGCCAAGGAAGUGUCAGAGCUUCAAGAGGAGGGAAUGAACGCCAUCAAUCUUCCCCUCAGCCCCAUUCCCUUCGAACUGGACCCUGAGGAUACCAUGCUGGAGGAGAACGAAGUGCGGACCAUGGUGGAUCCAAACUCACGCAGCGACCCCAAGCUUCAGGAACUGAUGAAGGUAUUAAUUGACUGGAUUAAUGAUGUGUUGGUUGGAGAAAGAAUCAUUGUGAAAGACCUCGCUGAAGAUUUAUAUGAUGGACAAGUCCUGCAGAAGCUCUUUGAGAAACUUGAGAGUGAGAAACUAAAUGUCGCUGAGGUCACCCAGUCAGAGAUUGCUCAAAAGCAAAAGCUGCAGACGGUCCUGGAGAAGAUCAACGAAACCCUGAAGCUUCCUCCCAGGAGCAUCAAGUGGAAUGUAGACUCUGUUCACGCCAAGAGCCUGGUGGCCAUCUUGCAUCUGCUGGUUGCUCUGUCUCAGUAUUUCCGGGCACCAAUCCGACUCCCAGACCAUGUUUCCAUCCAAGUGGUCGUGGUCCAGAAACGAGAAGGAAUCCUCCAGUCUCGGCAAAUCCAAGAGGAAAUAACUGGUAACACAGAGGCUCUUUCCGGAAGGCAUGAACGCGAUGCCUUCGACACCUUGUUCGACCACGCGCCUGACAAACUCAACGUGGUGAAGAAGACACUCAUCACUUUUGUGAACAAGCAUCUGAAUAAACUGAACCUGGAGGUCACGGAACUGGAAACCCAGUUUGCAGAUGGAGUGUACCUGGUGCUUCUCAUGGGGCUCCUAGAGGGCUACUUUGUGCCUCUGCACAGCUUCUUCCUGACCCCAGACAGCUUUGAACAGAAGGUCUUGAACGUCUCCUUCGCCUUUGAGCUUAUGCAAGACGGAGGUUUGGAAAAGCCAAAACCGCGGCCAGAAGACAUCGUCAACUGUGACCUGAAGUCCACACUGCGAGUGCUAUACAACCUCUUCACCAAGUACCGGAACGUGGAGUGAAGGCCUGCGCUUCCGCUGCCCGCAGCUCUUGCCGCAGGCGGACUGGACCAGCCUCGGAACCGCCUUACCCUGCUUGUCCCCAUCCCCUGCUGUGUGCUCUCCACAAGCCCAGCUACUGCCCAGAGAUAGCGGGACUGGAUGCCGGAAGGAAAAGACCAGCAUCUCGGUGGGCUGAGCCACACCUCCCAGGCCAUGGGCACUACCCAGCCAUGAGCUGGGGGAGUGGACCCGGCCAGGUGCCAGGCCCACACUUCCCUGUGUGUGCGCUUCGGGAAUCAGCCCCGGCAGUCCCCAGAAGACGCAAACAGAGAUCGCGGCUCCCAUUAAUAGGCAUCAAAUAUGCCAGGCCCGCACCAAGUGCCGUCCCGCAUUCACAUUCACUAGCCCUCACAACUCCUUUGGCGUAGGCGUUAUAAUCCCCUUUUACAGGUGAGGAAACUGAAGCUUGGAGGUUGAGGGACUCUCCAGAAGUUGGCAUUUGUGUUUUCUCUUUGAACAACAAUCUGGGCAUUGUGUGUGUGCACGUGCACGUGUCCGCUCACACCUGAGCCUUCGAGAAGAGGGGAAGCACUGAUCUCACCACUGAGGAAGGCUAGGUCAGGGCUUGGUGAUUCACACUGAAAUUGGCAAAUUGAAUCUAACCCAAUUAAUGGUGCGUGUGUGGCAGGAGUCAUGUCCCUCAAAUCCUUUGUACAAAUGAAAAUUACUCUUAAUUCCUUCAGAUUUAUAAUAACCCCAUAUUCUGGUUUCACAGUGACAUUUGGGAAGGAUUCUGUUUAGAAUUAAUGGAGUGGCACAUUUUGCAGCCUUUUUGCUUGAUUGCAUGUAAUGGAAAUGCCCUAUAUUUUCCUGCAAAAUAAGUACUCAAUUCAUUAUCGUUAGGCAAAUGUACAAUAUAGUCAGGCCCUGCAGAGAGCUGGGCGCAAGCCCGAGUAAGCAGCGCUUGGGAAGUAGGGCUCUUCAACAGGGACCCUUGAACUUUAAAGAAAGGAACUCCUUUCUGCUUUCUAAUUGAUCAUUUAGACCAUUCUGGCUAAGUCUGCCCACAUGUAAUUACCGGCUAAUUCAGGCGAGGAAAAAUGUAAGUCAUUUAGACCAAAGCCGAGCAGUUUCCUUGCGUGGGUAACUCAAGGGCUUGUGGUUACUUGUAUCUCCUCUAUGUGAACCGGACCUAAUUAUAGAGCUCUGCUCAUGCCAGGCUGCUGCUCAGUCCUGGCAGAAAAGGAAAGGGGCCAAGGCGGGGCAGGAGGGCAGGUCCAGGGGGAACGAGAAAUGGGGAGAUGCUUGCACACUUGGCAUACAGGGAAAUACCCUCAGAGGUAGAGAGGUGUGGUUUAUGGUACUUAACACUUGUGCCCUUGAAUUGACUGAGGCCUUGCAGUAAUCACUUGUGCUGAUAUUACAUCCUCAUUAUACAAUUUUCAUAAAUGCAUCAGACAGACACCAGCCUGUGUGGCCUCCUCCAGGAGUGUGUGACUGCCUUGUCAUGCUUUACACCACCGCACAAGCCCACCUGGGGUUUGAGGAGUUCACUGUGAUCUGUUUCUCCACCACCCGAAGUCGUGCCCCCCACUUGUCCAAGACAUUCCUGCAGCCUUCUCCUUGUUGCUUACUCCACUGUCUAUCUGCAGUAACUCAACCCCGAGAUUUAGUUACACUGUGUAUUUCUUUGGAUAUUUUGCUCGAAGAAAGAAUUGUUACUCAGCAUAAUGAACAUUCAAGGUGUAAAGGCAAUGUACUGUCUUGUGUCAAUUUAUGUACAAGAAUACAAUUCUUUUUUACUUAACUAG